AUGGCUGCCACAGCGGAUGUUUGUGCCGGUCUCGCCCAACACAAGGCAAUAUUAUUACGAGAACUAUGCGAUACACAUGUUUUGGACGUUCUUGUAAAAAAAGGUAUAUUUAGCGUACACGACCUAGAAGUGAUAACCAGUGCAGUUGAUAGUGAUAAGUGUAAUUAUUUCAUAGAAGUUGUUAGUAAACAAAGUGGUGUUAAGUUGCGUGAUCUGUGUACCGUUCUUUACAAUGAAUGCCCGAAACUUGCUAAGGAACUUAUGAAUGAUAGACAAAGAUAUGUAAUCAAUGGAUAUAGCAGUAACGCUAAAGAAAAUAUGGUGAUGAAUCUUAAUUUAAACAGG